GUGAGUCACUGAUUCAACUCCUCCAUCUUUCUUCUGGGUCCAACUCUGCACACACAUUGCUUCAACCUCAAAAAGCUUCCUUCUUUACCUUCCCCCAUCUCAUAUUCUCGCGAGAAUUUCACACCCCCCAGCUUCAAAUUGGGAUCUGGUCCUUCACGUGAAAGCAAACCAUGACUCAGAGAGCACUAUACUUGACCUCCACAGCUUCUCAUCUUUCACCAAAGCCCUAAUCUUUUGAGCUCCGAAUGAAGCGAGCAACAAAGUCACAGUUCAAAUGGAAGCGCAAGCUUUUGAUGUGCUUGUGCUUUGGGACCUUGGUCCUUCUUAUGCACACUCACUACUCUCGGAUUAUGACUCUCGCUUCAAUUCGUCCCCAGAUGAAUACAAUCCAACGGCCCAAGAUUGCCUUCUUGUUCAUCGCACGCAAUCGGUUGCCGUUGGAUAUGCUCUGGGAUGUGUUCUUUCAGGGUGGAGAGAGCAAGUUUUCGAUUUAUGUGCACUCCAGGCCCGGGUUUCUGUUCAAUAAGGUCACCACCAGAUCGGAUUUUUUCCUGAAUCGUCAAGUCAAUGAUAGCAUACAGGUAGAUUGGGGAGAGGCGACCAUGAUUGAAGCAGAGAGGAUAUUGCUCAAACAUGCGCUCGAGGAUCCUCUUAAUCAACGGUUUGCGUUUGUCUCUGACAGCUGCAUCCCGCUUUACAGUUUCAAGUAUAUAUAUGACUAUGUCAUGUCAACAAGAACCAGUUUUGUAGACAGCUUUGCUGAUACAAAAGAUGGCCGUUACAAUCCAAAAAUGGAUCCUAUUAUUCCUGUACAGAACUGGAGAAAAGGAUCUCAGUGGGCUGUGUUGACCAGGAAGCAUGCAGAGGUUGUAGUGAAAGACAAUACAGUGUUUCCUAUGUUUCAGUUGUAUUGCAAGAGGAAGUCUUUACCUGAAUUUUGGCGGGAUCGCCCUGUUCCGGCUGAUACCUCCAAGGAGCACAAUUGCAUUCCUGAUGAGCAUUAUGUUCAGACAUUACUUGCUCAAGAAGGCCUUGAAGGAGAAAUCACGCGAAGAUCACUGACACACUCAUCAUGGGAUCUAACAUCCACAAGAGAUCGUGAACGCCGUGGAUGGCACCCUAUGACCUACAAAUAUUCAGAUGCUACUCCAAUGUUGAUUAAAUCUAUAAAGGAUAUCGAUAAUAUCUACUAUGAAACUGAGUAUCGAAGAGAAUGGUGUAGCAGCAAGGGGAAACCCUCUCCGUGCUUUCUCUUUGCGAGAAAAUUUACCCGUCCUGCUGCUCUUAGGCUUCUCAACACAGUAAAGAUUUUGUCAAUGUUUUAGCUUUAGCUUGGAUACUUUUGUCAAGGAGGUCCUAUAUGAUAAUAUGUCUUUUUCUCAUUUGACAGACUACACUGGAGCUUAGAUGAAGGAUCAAAUUCUAACGGGACUCAAGUUUAUUCUCAGCUAAACCAGAUACCAGUGUAUUAGAAAUAUUCACGAAAUCUACAGUGAGCAAAAGAAUUCUGUAAAUGUGUAUUUACUAAUCACAUGUUGUAUAUGUAAUAUUCU